AUGUCGAUUAUGAGCUACAACGGAGGUACUGUGCUGGCGAUGGCUGGUAACGAGUGCGUGUGCAUUGCAACGGAUCUCCGUUUUGGUGAACAGAUGACCACUGUGGCUGUUGACCAGAAGAAGGUGCAUAAAAUUUCCGAUAAAGUUUACGUUGGUCUUGCCGGUUUUGCUUCUGAUGCAAAGACAGUGUUGGAGAAGAUCAACUUCCGGAAAGGGCUUUACGAGUUACGCGAAAAUCGAAAGUUGAAACCAGAGGUCCUUGCUACAAUGAUUUCUAACUUGUGUUAUCAACAUCGCUUUGGGUCUUUCUUCACCGAGCCACUGGUUGCUGGACUUGAUCCGAUCACCAGCAAGCCCUACAUUUGUGCCAUGGACACCAUCGGGUGCAUCGCUGCUCCAAGAGACUUUGUGGCUGUUGGAACGGGACAAGAAUAUUUGCUGGGUGUUUGUGAAACUUUCUGGCGCGAGAACAUGAAUGCUGAUGAUUUGUUCGAGGCGACCGCUCAAUCGAUAUUGUCUGCACUUGAAAGGGACGCCGCCAGUGGUUGGGGAGCUGUCGUUUACACGAUCACAAAGGAUAAUGUUAAUGUCCGCACAAUCAAGGCUCGUAUGGAU